UUGCUGUAUACUAGCAUACUAGUAUACCACUAUACUUAUAAAAUAAAAUAAUUUUUCACAUACUCUGACAACCAUAAUCGUAACCUAACUGCGAUUCGAUCCCUCCUGCUGGCAAUGCAAAACUAAAUUAUCAAUUAAAUCUGUUAGGAGAUUGCUAUUUUAUUAAUUAGACAUAUUCGCACGCAUUAGAGACACAGACAUCAGGUCAACAUCAUCAUGGGUAAUACUCCGCUGACUAACGUACAGAUGGAGGCCACCAAGAGUACGCCAGCUGAUCAUGCCAAGCACAUGGCUGGCGGUGGAUCACCACCACCCGAAUGUCCCAUGCAUAAGAAACAAGACGAACAAUCAGCAUCAGCUGUGCCGCCACAUCCCAAAAUGCAGCGUGCUUCCGAAUGCCCUAUACAGCAUGAUGCCAGCGAUGUGAAUCCAUUGAAUAUGAUGCCGCCGGCAAAUCAGCAACCGGCCAAGGAUCAACCUUUUCCUUUGCCCACAGACCGUCAGACAUCGAGUAUACCCAAAGUGACAGAGGAUGGCAGCACUCAGUUCUGGCAAUAUCCCAGCCAACAGAUGUUCUGGAAUGCCAUGUUACGCAAGGGCUGGCGCUGGAAGAACGAGGAUGUCAGCCAAAAGGAUAUGGGUGACAUCAUACGCAUACACAAUGCCAACAAUGAGCAGGCCUGGCAGGAGGUUCUUAAAUGGGAGGCGUUGCACGCCAAAGAGUGUGGUAAUCCACGUCUCAAGAGCUUUGGCGGAAAGGCCAAGGACUUUAGUCCUCGUGCCCGUUUCCGCAGUUUGCUGGGCUAUGAAUUGCCCUUCGAUCGUCACGACUGGAUUGUGGACAGAUGUGGAAAGGAUGUACGCUAUGUUAUUGACUACUAUGAUGGCGGUUUGGUCGAUAAGGAUUAUCGCUUUGCUUUAUUGGAUGUCCGCCCAGCCAUGGAUUCGUUCGACAAUGUUUGGGAUCGCAUGCGUGUGGCCUAUAUGCGUUGGAAAUUUGAAUUAACUGAGAAAUUUGGUAGCAGCGACAAUAGCAAAGUGUCUGCUGGCAGCGAAUGAAGCGCAUCCAUUUAACCACCAUUGUACAAAAUUGGCAUAAGUUAUCGAAAGCGUCUAGACUGUAGAGUUAAUGCGUUAAAACCUUUUUGCAAAAUGAGAAUAUCAGGUGUAAUCAUUUGGCUAAUAAAAUAAUUGCAUUAUGCCUUUCCAAAGAGAAAUGCGCUUAACUUUCAAAA